AUGGCAAGUUCUAGAAUUGGAAACGCCAGUCCUUCAGAAUUCCGCCUCGUUUUAACGAAACUAACUGAAGUUCAAAAGAAAUUGGACACAACAGAUCAAUCGUCAGUCAUGGCGCAGCUGAGACAAGUGAACGAUUCACUUCAAAUCGUUGAGGGAAACCAGACCGAUAUUUCCGAUGCCAUCCUUAACAAGCUGCAGAGUAUCGAGACGCGGAUCGAGACCGGUUUCAAAGCCUUGGAGGAGAAGAUUGCAGCUUUAGAAAGAAAAGUUGUGGACGGUCCUGCAAUCGCAGAGGGAAGCGCUUUCGGAAUGCUAACGCCACCAAGUUCUUCAAAGAAAAGAAAAAUCGCCCGCCAUCCAGAUCUCUCGCACUAUGUUCGUUCAAAGAUUGAACAGUUAGGCCUUGCAUGGAACACUGACAAGAAAGAGAAUGAACCACCAAACCUAGCAGUAGUAGCCACCAUCUUGAAAGAGGUCAAAGAAGUCGAGCAGAUUCAAAAUGAUUCUCUUUGUACAGAAAGAAGAAUUCUAGAUGCUAUUUCUCAAAACUUUGCAUCAUCAAAGAAACGUAGACGACAGGAAGAAAAUGGUACUUACGAGCAUUAUCAGAGGGAGCAAAAGAAGCGACAAAGAAUUAAAAGGAAACUGGAUAAGAGACUCAAAGUGGCAAGUGAAGAAGAGAAGAGACAACCAAUUUCCGAGGCCCUGCAUCCUAGUCUUGUCUCCUCAGACGAGUCUGAUGAAGAAGAUCCCACAUCAAUGGUAACAAGGCCCCUUACCUGGAGGACAGAAGAAGUUACCAACUUCUUCCAUAUACUAGACCAGAGGUAUAAGUCUUCCAUGACAAAUCAGCAAAAGAGGCAGUCAGUGAACAGAAGGGUUGGUAGACCAAGUCAUAGAAAUAGUAGAGAGAUCCCAGAAAAAUUGCUCUGGGCCACCACCUAAAUUUAAUUUUAAUUUUAGUAUACAGUCACUCAACUCUCUUCCCUAGGACCAUCUCUUAUGAAGUUGCUACAUUUCUACCCAAUUAUA